GGUCCAACAAGAUCGCUACAGACGGGCGCAAUGUUGACAUUCCAAUCACAUGGCUGCCAACUGAAAUCGUGCUGUCAAAUUACCAUGUUUCUUUCUUUUCGCUAAAGUGCGUUCGCGAGACGUGUUGCGACUUCGGAUUUAGUCUGCAAAUAAAGAACGAUCCCAAGAUGAGUACUGCAACGAUUCGUACCCGUCGCUACAUGAGCAACCGGCUGCUGUGCCGCAAGCAGAUGGUCUGCGACGUCCUCCACCCUGGCCUCGCCUCGGUCUCGAAGAAGGAGAUCCGCGAGAAGCUCGCCGUCAUGUACAAAACCACGCCGGACGUCGUGUUCGUGUUCGGUUUCCGCACGAACUUCGGUGGCGGCAAGUCGACCGGUUUCGCCCUCAUCUACGACACCCUGGACCACGCCAAGAAGUUCGAGCCCAAGCAUCGUCUCGGCCGCCACGGACUGUACGAGAAGAAGAAGAUGACGCGCAAGCAGCGCAAGGAGCGCAAGAACCGUAUGAAGAAGGUGCGCGGCACGAAGAAGGCCAAGGUCGGACAGGCCGUCAAGAAGUAAAACGGCGGAACGGUGAUGGUGCCGUCGCUGCUGCUGCUGCUGCUGCCACGGUCGUUGUCGCAGUAGAAGUGGUGGCCGCGUGUCCUCAGGCGGUCCGUGUUUUAAGUUUAUAUGUUUUCUCUUGUGCGGAAAAUUGGAAAACAUUCCGCUCAAAAGGAAUGAGAAUAUAAGCAACAAUACCAUGUAAGGAGAAACCGUAUACAACAA